AUGCCCGAUCUGCUCGUCGAACUCUUCUGUGAGGAAAUCCCCGCGCGCAUGCAGCGCCGCGCCGCGACCCAUUUGCGCGAGGCGCUGACUGGCGCGCUGGUCGAUGCCGGGCUGACCUAUGAGGGCGCGCGCGAUCAUGUGACGCCGCGCCGGCUGACGCUGGACGUGCGCGGGCUGACGGCGCGCUCGGCCGACACAACCGAAGAGCGCAAGGGCCCCCGCGUCGAUGCGCCUGAAAAGGCUCUUGCCGGCUUCCUGCGCGGUGCGGGCCUGGCGUCGGUCGACGAGGCCGAAGUCCGGUCCGACCCGAAGAAGGGCGAUUUCUAUGUCGCCGUGAUCAAACGCGAAGGCCGCUCGGCGGAGGAAAUCGUCGCCGAGGCAAUGCCGGCCAUCAUCCGUGACUUUCCCUGGCCCAAAUCGAUGCGCUGGGGUGCGCCGUCGGCCGAGCCCGGCGCACUGCGCUGGGUGCGUCCGCUGCAAUCGAUCCUGUGCACCUUCGGUCCGGAAACCGAGGAGCCGGUGGUCAUCGAUUUCGAGGCGGGCGGCAUCCGUUCGGGCAAUGUGACGCGCGGCCAUCGCUUUCACGCGGGCGAAGCCUUCACCGUACGCCGGUUCGACGAUUAUGCCGCCGAACUCGAAAAGCGCUUCGUCAUCAUCGAUCCCCAGCGCCGCAAGGAGAUGAUCGCCGCCGACGCGCGCAAUCUCGCCUUUGCCAAUGGCGUCGAACUGGUCGAGGACGAUGCGCUCCUGGACGAGGUGGCCGGGCUGGUCGAAUGGCCCGUCGUGCUGAUGGGCGAGUUCGAGCGCGAGUUUCUCGAAAUCCCCGACGAGGUCGUCCGCCUGACGAUCAAGACCAACCAGAAAUGCUUUGUCUGCCGCGACCCUGCGACCGGUAACCUGACCAACAAAUUCAUCCUCGUCGCCAAUAUCGAGGCGAGCGAUGGCGGUGCGGAGAUCGCGCGCGGCAAUGGCAAGGUGGUGCGGGCGCGGCUGGCCGAUGCGCUGCAUUUCUGGACGACCGACCAGGCCGACCUGCCCGAUCUGGAAAAAUACCGCACGUCAGCCGAAAAAUUCGAUCUCGAUCUGAAAAAGCCGCUCGAUCAGCGCAUGGCCAAGCUCGACCAUCUGGGUGUGACCUUCCAUGCCAAGCUGGGCACGCAAGGCGAACGCGUCGCGCGCAUCGCCGCGCUGGCCGAGGAGCUUGUCGACAUUAUUGCGGAUGCGAUGGAGACGGACCUUGCGCCGAUCGAGGGCGAGGGCGCCGAACUGCGCGAUCUGGCACGCCGGGCGGCCCAUCUCGCCAAGGCGGACCUGACAACCGAGAUCGUCGGCGAGUUUCCGGAAGUGCAGGGCGCGAUGGGCGCCACUUACGCGGUGCUGCAGGGCGAGCAUCCCUCAGUCGCCCGCGCCAUCGAGGAUCAUUACAAACCGCUCGGCCCGACCGACAGCGUGCCGACCGAUCCGGUCGCCGUCGCCGUCGCGCUGGCCGACAAGCUCGAUCUUCUGACGGGCUUCUGGGCGAUCGACGAAAAGCCGACGGGCUCCAAGGAUCCCUAUGCGCUGCGCCGCGCCGCACUGGGCGUGAUCCGGAUCGUGCUGGAGAACGGGAUAAGGCUGGCAUUGGCGCAGCAUCACGUCUCUGCCGACCUCCUUUCCUUCUUCCAUGACCGGCUCAAGGUCUGGCUGCGCGACAAGGGCGCGCGGCACGAUCUCAUCGACGCGGUGCUGAGCGAAACCGACGACGACCUGCUGAUCAUCGUGCGCAAGGUCGAGGCGCUGCAGAAGCUGCUCGACAGCGAGACCGGCGCGAACCUGCGCGUCGGCACCGAACGGGCGCUCAACAUCCUUGCCGCCGAGGAGAAGAAGGACGGCGCGGGCGCGUUUGACCGGCCUGUCGAUCGGGCGCUUCUGGCCGAGCCGGCGGAGAAGGAACUGGCCAACGUCAUCGAGGCCGUCGCGGGCCAUGUCGAUGACCAUGUCGCGCGCGAGGAUUAUGAGGGCGCGUUCGCCGUGCUCGCCGAACUCCGGCCUGCGGUUGAUGCGUUCUUUGAUGCGGUGAUGGUCAAUGCCGACGACGCCAAGGUGCGGACCAACCGGCUGGCAAUCCUCUCGGGCCUGCGCACCGUCACCCGCAAGCUCGCCGACUUCUCCAGGAUCGCCGGAUAG